AUGGUGAAGCCGUUCGUGCCCCGGAAUAUCGUGAAGAAGCGCACGAAGAAGUUCACGCGCCAUAGGUGUGAGCUCUUCCCGCAGCUAAGCAGCAGUUGGCGGAAGCCUCGUGGUGAGGACUCGCCGGUUCGUCGCCGCUACAAGGGACAGAAGGCAAUGCCAAACAAGGGUUAUGGAAGCGACCGCAGAACAAAGUAUAUCACCCCGUCAGGUUUCAAAAACUUUCCCGUCAACAACGUGCAAGAUCUUUAUAUGCUCCUAAUGCAAAACCGCAAGUACGCUGGUGUCAUUUCACAUACUGUGGGAGCCAAAGCCCGCAAAGCGAUUGUCCGGAAGGCUCACGAGCUUGACGUACGUCUGAUUAAUGGUAAUGCCAAAUUGCGGCGUGUUGACGUUUAA